GCUUCCCUUCCGCGGCGCGGCCGGCCGGCUUCCCGUUCCGGGCGCGCAGGCGGCGGCCGUCGGUGCUCGUUUCUGUCGCGGGCGCUGAGUCGGCUCUGGCAGCGCCUGUGCGGCGAGCAUGGCAUCUUGGAGGCGCGGACCCGCCCUGCGGCUGUGGGCCGCAGUUUUUCUGCUGGAUCUGGCUUUCUGUAAAGGACAGGUGGAAGAUCUAGAUGACUCGUUUAAAGAAAAUCGAAAAGAUGACAUUUGGCUUGUAGAUUUUUAUGCACCAUGGUGUGGCCAUUGUAAAAAGCUGGAACCAAUUUGGAAUGAAGUCGGUCUUGAGAUGAAAAGCAUUGGUUCUCCAGUGAAAGUGGGAAAGAUGGAUGCUACUUCCUAUUCCAGCAUUGCUUCAGAGUUUGGAGUUCGAGGUUAUCCAACAAUUAAGCUAUUAAAAGGAGACUUAGCAUAUAAUUAUAGAGGACCACGAACAAAAGAUGAUAUAAUUGAGUUUGCUCACAGAGUGUCAGGGGCUCUAAUUCGGCCGCUUCCAAGUCAGCAAAUGUUUGAACAUAUGCAGAAGAGACAUCGUGUAUUUUUUGUAUAUAUAGGUGGAGAGUCACCUCUGAAGGAGAAAUACAUUGAUGCUGCUUCAGAAUUAAUUGUAUAUACAUACUUCUUUUCUGCCUCAGAAGAAGUUGUCCCUGCGUAUGUGACCCUGAAAGAGAUGCCUGCCGUGCUUGUUUUCAAAGAUGAAACCUACUUUGUUUAUGAUGAGUAUGAAGAUGGUGAUCUGUCAUCUUGGAUCAACAGGGAGAGGUUUCAGAAUUACCUUACGAUGGACGGCUUCCUCUUGUAUGAACUUGGAGACACUGGAAAGCUUGUGGCUAUCGCAAUAAUUGAUGAGAAAAAUACAUCAGUUGAACAUACCAGAUUAAAAUCAAUUAUUCAGGAAGUUGCUAGAGAUUACAGAGACCAGUUUCACAGGGAUUUUCAGUUUGGCCAUAUGGAUGGAAAUGACUAUAUAAAUACCUUGUUGAUGGAUGAAUUGAAAGUCCCAACUGUGGUUGUACUGAAUACUUCAAACCAACAGUACUUUUUACUAGAUAGACAGAUUAAGAAUGUAGAAGACAUGGUCCAGUUCAUUAAUAACAUCUUGGAUGGCACAGUAUAUGCCCAAGGAGGUGACAGCAUUUUGCAGAGAUUGAAACGAAUAGUAUUUGAUGCCAAAUCUACUGUUGUGUCCAUUUUCAGGAGCUCCCCGCUGAUGGGCUGCUUCCUCUUCGGCCUGCCCCUGGGCGUCAUCAGCAUCAUGUGCUAUGGCAUCUGCACGGCCGACGCGGACGGAGGCUACAUAGAGGAGCGGUACGAAGUGUCCAAGAGCGAGCCCGACGACGGCCCGGAGUCGGAGGAGAGCCAGGAGCCCCCGCAGCCCCGGGGCGGGGCGUCUCCACUGCCCGCCCCACAGGGGCCCAAAGACGUGCUAGAGAAGAAGAAGGAUUGAGCCUCGACUCAGAUAGACUGUUCGAUAGGAUUUCACGUUAUUAAGAGAGUCUAUUUAUUGAAUUUAGACAUUUAAUCAUGACCUUUCCAGAAGAGAACGUGUUAUUUGUAUUUUGCUAACAUCAACUGCAUGGGUUAUAAAAUAGUCCUUCCACAAAUGGGGAGAUGUUUGGAGCAAAGAGAUGGAAAGUUUGUCUAAAACACUCCGUCAGAGUUUGCCUUGUAGAUGUUGUACUACCAGACCAGUUCUAUUUGCAUGUUUCUCUAUCUGAAUAUUCUGUGACAGAAUUAAGAUUCUUGGGCAGAAUAUUUAAAUUGGCCAGUCAGGUAGAAGAUACAUGUGUGAUAGAGAAAAAUAACACCUCCACCUCCCACCAUGCAUUCUCCUCUGUUUUGGAUAAGAUUUAUAUGGACAAAAUUAAGUCUUUGAAAUUUAGGCACUUUAAAGAGAACUAGUAACUUUUUCCAAGGAUCAAAUUAAGAUUAUGAGAUAAAACAAUUUGGUUUUAUAUAGCAUAGUGAUUUUAUUUUGUUAUUAUUUUUAAAGGAGAGGAACUGUUACUUUUUACCUUUAUACUCAGUUGCAUUAUAAAACUUUCAUAGGGGCCUAUAUUGUGGGCCCAUAUUGUCUUAUGUUUAAUCUUCACCGCAUAAACAGGAUUUACUUGGAUCAGUGAUUUCAGAUGAUGGCUGGGACACUGAGUCAAUGUCUCAGCCAACACUGCGGGAAGGGCGGGGCUCUCUGUUACUCCUGCCUCCCCUGCUUUAGCAGAACAGCCUACUCUUGUUUAUCUGUUUUAUAUAUUGGGAUUUUAUCUAAAAUUUUUCUCUGAUAAAAAGCUCCUGCUGCUUUUUAAAAAGUAAUAUAUAUCUUAUUUUUAUGUUUAUGGUUUAGUAACUUUAUGGUAACUUAUGAUCUAAUGUGUGUGUGGGUGGGUGUGUGUAUGUAUAUACACAUACAUAUACACAUAUAGAGUUUACUGACAUCUGUUAUGCUAUGGGUGUGCCUGUUCCUAAUGAGUGACAUAAUCAGCCUAUGAAGAAAAUUCACGUCCAGUGAUUAAAGAGAUCUGCCAGUUGCUUUCUCCAUCCUCCCAGGUGUUACCCAUUUCAGCGUGUGACCCUUCAUCUCUCCAUAAUGGAAUAACAUAGGAAUUCUAUCCUAAGUAAUGUGCAAAAUUGGUAUUUUUUAAAAAUAAUAGUAUGGUAUGUUUAUCAUAGAUUAGCUUAUUUUUGAGACCUUUAUUUUUGAACUAAGUUUAGGAUUUUUAUUAAGUGACUGUAAUUUGAGUGGUUAUUCAUUGAAUUAUUAAACAUUUUAAAAUGUUUCAUCAUGUUAAAAGUAUGUAAUUCGUGGUCCUGAUACUGAAGCUGUUCAGGGCUGCAGUCCCCAGGGCAGCCUGGGGUUAUCUCUGAUGCCAUGCUGAUCACCACUAACCUGAAGCUCUUGUGUCUUAAGUCCUAAGGAGUCACUAGUAAUUUGCUUUCUUGUACCCUUUUAGUAUACAAUAAUUAUUCUUAAAUUUGGUACUUCAUCAUUAUCAUUUUUAUAAAGGAAGCACAUAGGCAGUCACAGGAAAUUGCAGGAAACACUAGAAUGAAAUGGUAUUCUUAAAUGGACAUUGAAUAUAAAUACUGUUAAUUUAACAAGGAAAUUUCUCUCUAACGAGUAACAAGUGAGUCUUUUGGAAAAUAGGUAUUAAUGUUGGCAGUGGUCAGGCUUAUUUUGUUUUGUCGCUGUGAAAGUCUUAAUUAAACACAGAUCCUUGGGCUCAGCCUGUCAGGGAAGUUACAGCUUAGCCACUACCAGUGACAAGAGGAGGUUGUGAGAAUGGCAUGGCUUUUUUCUUCAUGUUUAUCACUGUCAGGUUUGUCAUCUGCGUGGUUUUGUCUUUUGUCAAGCACACCUAUAAAUUAAACAGCAAAACAGGUAAAAGAAAAAGAGCAAAGCUUAGUAUGUAUCAACACACUUCAGUGAUCUUUGUAUUCUGAGAUUUUUCUCAUCUAUUAAAGCCUUAGUUCUUUGUUACUUUUUUCACAACUCUGUACAGUUGCCUCAUAUUCUGUUUGUGUUUUCAAAAUGUGAUGUUGGGGAAACAAAUAGUAUAGGUGGUUUGUAAGUGAUUUUUUAAAAAAAUUUUGCUUUUUAGUUGUUUCUAAGAUAACUGUCACAGUAUCUUCACAAAACAAAUUGAAAAUUUUUGCUCACUAGUAUGGUUUUCCCUUUAGUGUGAUAGCAGGGUUUACUAGGAAUGCCGUUUUCAUUUUAGGAAAAUUUCUUCAAAAUAAAGGUAGGUUUCUUAAUGAAUCUUGUAGAACAUAGAUACACUGGACAUCCUAGUUCAGUGACGAAUCUUACUGUGAUCAUGUUAGUAGGGGGAAUAUCCUUUAGUAAGCUGGACUUCUGCCUUUUCUUUCAGUUGCAAUAAAGUUCUCUAACUUCUGAAAUCCAGGAUCCUAGAUGCUUGCUGUUGCUUAAUCCGGUGCUCACAGUUUUUAAAGAUGUUUCAGCGAGAGAGUGUUUUUAUCAGCAGCGCACUUCAUUAUAGCUGGCAGUCCUUUUUGCUUCAUUGUAUGCAUUAAUAUUUCUGAAACUGCCAUCUGAAAUCUAGGUGGAUUAGGCCGGGGAUUUCCAUUUUCUUCUUCACACAUGUGCUCCCUGGUGUCUGAAGUAGAUAGAAAUAACAUGAAGAGCCAGAUGUCUAGAGGCUGAGUCCGGACGGGUCUGUAUGAAUAGUAAACCAAUUAGUUAUACUGUUUUUGUUUAGUGGAUAUUUGUUCUUUACUGUUUCUUGUGUUUUGUUUCAGGGAUGUUUUUGAUUUUUCAAAAAGUAAAUAUUUUCAUCAUCACUUCAUAUGAUAUGGAGGUAGGGCAGGGAAAAAUCACUCAGCUAUUCUUACUACACAGAGGUUGUUCAGACAAACUGAUAUUAAGACUAUCAGUUCACUGGUGGGAUUAGGUUUGCCAUUUUAUUUUUAUAAAUAUAUAUUUUUUCUGAAUGUGUCUGAGUCCAAGAGUGGGCAGAAAAUAAUUUUCUACUUUGGACUAAUCUAUAAAGGUUUUUGAAAGUCUGUAUUAUUAAUACUAACUUGUUGAAUUCAUGAUCUGCUGCCUUAAGGCACCAAUUGUAAACCUUUGUUUUUCUAAAUAAAUUAAUUGAAAACAUGUAACCA